AUGGCAGCCUGGCAAGCGCUGCCAAAAGAGCAACGACCAGGAUCUUCGCUACCGGCGCUCUGUCACCGCAACACGCAGUGGUGGAGUCGCACAUACGGCCAUGGAAAUAAACCCGUAGCGAAUGAGAAGUCAUCUCCAUUUGAUGCUUUCUACCGGGCUAUUCGCGACAACCAAGUGGAGCGAGUGCAGAGCUACAUCGCUCAAAAUCCCACAGCUGUGUUCACCAAGGUCUUUGGCGAAAACCAGCGGACGGCAUUGUACGUCGCAAGCUUCUUCGGUCGCCACAAGGUCGUCAAACUGUUGCUGCAUCGCGGCGCCGACAAGAAUCUGCAAUGCCACGGCGUGAGGCCGAUCGACGUGGCCGGCUUCGCAUCAACCGACCCGAUUGACCGCAUGAAGGCGCUUCCUGCCCUCAAGUCAUCCUGCGGUUAA